AUGGAUCAAAUACAUACUCGGGCCAUCGAGGCCCUGCAACCCUUCAUCCUCUUGGCCAACUCAAACAGUGCUACCUCCCCGCGAUUCAUUGCCAACCUAAUUACAAAUGCAACCUCAAACCCGCACACCUACGUCUUCGCCGAGCUGCUGGAAACGCCUACAAUCCAAGCCCUCCGCUCACCAAACACCCCAGAAGAAUUCCAAGGCUACCUGACCCUCCUGGAAAUCUUCGCUUGGGGAAUAUGGCAGGACUACCAAACAACACCCAACCUCCCCAGCCUCAGCGCCGAACAAGCCCUCAAGCUCCGCCUCCUCUCGCUCCUCACACUCUCCGCAACACUCAAGCCCCUCACCUACAAGACCCUCAUGGACGCCCUCUCCAUCUCAGCCCCCGCUGAGCUCGAAUCCCUCGUCACGAAAGCCAUCUACUCCUCCCUCAUCACCGCCCGCCUCUCCCCCGCCUCCAACCCCCCCUUCGUAAACGUGACGUCCGUCGCGCCCCUCCGCGACAUCAAACCCCAAUCCCUGCCGACGAUGAUCUCACUCCUGACACAGUGGGAGAGCCGCUGCGGCGACGUCAUCAGCGACAUCGAAGCCGAGAUCGCCAAGAUCAAGACCAAUGCCGCGAAGCGUAGGGCGAAAGAACAGGCGCGGGCUGCUCUGCUUGAAAAAGCGCUGGCCUCCGCUGAUGGGAGCGCAAAGGACGCGGCGGGAGGCGGGUCCGGGUCCGGGUCCAGGAGGCUCGGCGGAGCGCAGCGGUUUGGCCAGGGAGGUGGCAAUAAGCGCGAGUUCAACGCUGAUGACUACGAUGAUGAGGAUGAUGGGUACUGGGAUAAUGGCAACGAUGGCGGUAUCGAUUUGAACGCGGCUGGUUCGCGUAUGGACAUUGAUGAGAGCGCGGGAUCUUCUAGAUUCGGGUUGAGCGGGGCUGGCGCGAGACAUGCGAAGCGCAUCUUGGGAAAGAAAUCCUAA